ACUGUUCUCCUGGUCUAAUAAGAGGAGUUCAAGAUGGAGGACACAUUGGAACUUCAAUUGACCACUACUCUUUACAUGACCUCUGAACUUAUACUCUCAACAAAUCUCACUAACCUGACACACUGCACCAACACCAACUCCAGCUGCACCUUCUCUAGCAUCAAGCUCUCCCCUUACUACCAACACUCUCUGGCCAUAGCAGCCAGCUUUACCCUAGCCUACCUGUUCAUCUUCAUGCCAUGCAUGGUGGGUAAUUGCCUGGUGUGCCUCAUUGUGGUUAAGAACCGUCACAUGCGGACAGUCACCAACCUCUUCAUUCUCAACCUGGCUAUCAGUGACCUGCUGGUGGGCAUCUUCUGCAUCCCGACUACGCUGGUGGACAACCUCAUCACAGGCUGGCCCUUUAGCAAUGCAGUGUGUAAGUUAAGUGGCCUGGUACAGGGGAUAUCAGUGGCUGCAUCUGUCUUCACCUUGGUUGCCAUCGCUGUGGACAGAUUCCGCUGUAUUGUUUACCCCUUUAAGCCCAAGCUAACCCUUCUUGUUGCUAAGGCAACUAUAGGGCUGGUGUGGGCUCUUGCACUGGUGAUCAUGCUUCCGUCGGCUGUGAUGCUGACGGUGGAUCAAGAGAAGGGUCACUUCAUGGUAUCCAGUGACAACAAAAUCUACCCUCUCUACUACUGCUAUGAGACCUGGCCUGACCCUGAGAUGAGGAAAGUUUACACCAUGGUCCUGUUCACACACAUCUACCUGAUGCCCUUAGCUCUUAUCAUGAUCAUGUAUGGCUGCAUCGGAGCCAAACUUUCUGCUACAGCUGUUCUGUCCAGCAGUGGGCACCCAGAUAUCAAGUCCCCUAUCUCCCAGAGGAAGGUCAAGGUGGUUAAAAUGCUAAUCAUAGUGGCUCUCCUCUUCAUGCUGUCCUGGCUGCCACUCUGGACCCUGAUGCUACUCACAGACUAUGCCAGACCUGAAGGGGACCAGCUGGACCUUCUGACAGGCUACAUCUUCCCCUUCUCCCACUGGCUGGCCUUCUCCAACUCCAGCAUCAACCCCAUCAUCUAUGGCUACUUCAAUGAAAACUUUAAGAAGGGCUUCCAGGCUGCCUGUCGUUCUGGAUCCUGUUGCAGCGUGGUGCCUCAGGAGCAGGCGGUGAGCAAGGAUCAGCAGGGCUGCAAGGCCAGAAGCACCCGGGACACAGCCCUCAGCGCCAACCCUCUCACUAUCCGGGGGGUGAGAAACCGCAUCCACACCGACAGCGACCUGACGGUCUGCGUGUGUCUAGAGAUGGAGCAGAGGAAGGCAGAGUGCUCGGCCGAGGCGGGAGGCUGGCAGGGCUCAGGGGCAGAGGGAAGUAACAGUAACGGUGGAGUGUCAAUUAAAAGGGGUGUUCAUGCGGAGGAUGUCGAUGGACUCUCUCCAAUGGGGGUUGCUGUGUGUCAGGCGUGGGAGCAUUGAAAGUCAGUGGGGUGGACAACAACAGUGGGGUAUACAACGACAGUGGGGUGGACAACAACAGUGGGGUGGACAACAACAGUGGGGUGGACAACAGUGGGGUGGACAACAGUGGGGUGGACAACAACAGUGGGGUGUAUACAUGGUGAGGUUGGAGAAUGAACAGGUUGGAGAUAAGAGGGUAUUGUCAUGACAUUUUACUGUGAAAGAGCUCUUUCCACCUGACUGUAAUGCUAGAUGUGUCCUAUAUAGGAGCAGAGACCAGAGACCCAUUAUAAUAUAAUACAUGUGAGGGAAGAAUAAAGUGAACCACCUCCAUUUCUGUCCUCCAGCUCAGCUUACUGUCCUCCAGCUCAGCUUACUGUCCUCCAGCUCAGCUUACUGCCCUCCAGCUCAGCUUACUGUCCUCCAGCUCAGCUUACUGUCCUCCAGCUCAGCUUACUGUCCUCCAGCUCAGCUUACUGUCCUCCAGCUCAGCUUACUCUCCUCCAGCUCAGCUUACUCUCCUCCAGCUACAGAGUUGUUCGCUACAAGUUGCUUAGAUAAAUAAUGGUCUAGGGAAAUCUUUAGGUAAUGUAGGAGGACAUUCAUAUGUUACUACUAACUGGGUAUUACUGACAUUCAUUACCCAUUUGAGUUGACCUUAUGGCUGAUAUCCAAUACACUCCCCCAGAGAGCCAAGAAAGAGUUGGCCACAAAAAAAGACAAUGGAGAUCACAUUUUCACAUGGAAAUAGCACGUUGUUUGAUUUCUUCUGGUCAAGAAAAGACAUUCCAUGAUAGCAACAUUUCUUUGAGUUAAACUAUACAAAUUCUGUUCACAAUGUUUGCUGUUACUUACUGCAUGAAUAUUGAUGUGUUGUGAACCAAAUAUGAAACCAUGUGUUUGAUGUAUUUGAUACAAUUCCACCAAUUCCGCUCCAGCCAUUACCAUGAGCCCGUCCUCCCCAAUUAAGAUGCCGCCAACCUCCUGUGCACAGAGGUACUGCAGGGGGUCCGCGACCAGAUCAAAUGUUUUGCAUUUUAUAGAUUUGUAUAUGAAUAUUACCUACAACAACACAUUAAACACAUUUUAGGGAUUCGUGAAAUACGUUUAGAGGGUGUAAUACUAUACAAUGUUGCAUUAUUAAUCUAAAAUUGAUGUUCUUAAUAACAUUAUGAAUCUACAAUUUAGGUUCUUAACCCUGGGCAACAUAGGCCUGGGGAGGCUUACAGGGAUGUUGGUAUCCACUGUACUCCACCAAUUAUAGCAUUUUCAACUCAAUACUUCUUGUAGUCCUCCAAUUUUGGGGGGGACAUAAAUGCACUGUAAUUUAAGCUUUAAAACUGCAACGUUUUCUCUCUGCCUCAUGACAACGUGUAGAAUUUCAGGAUAUUAGCUUUAAAGCUGCAGCAACAAAAAAUCUCUCUGCCCAUGACUAAAUGUGCAGAAUUGCAGGAAAUUUGUUGAAAACUGCUAAAUGUUCUCUACAAUGUCAAGAGGUGGGCCUUUAAAAUGUUCCUUUACAGGGCCGGAGACUUGUUUUUUUUCUUCCAUGCACUGCCAAAGUCAGAGUAAUUAUUUACUUGAGUUGUAUUCUGAUUAUGAGGGGUCCCUGACGAAUUUGCUAUCACAAAAUGGGUCCGCGGACCCAAAAGGUUUGAGAACCCUUGCAUUAACAGGUGGCUUGCAAACUUGAAUUAUAAACAGGUUGAUGUUGGUGUGGACUGUGUAUGAAUACAGAUCAAAGUGUUGUGUUUACAAUGUGAAAAACGUAUUUAUCUGUGUUUGUGAUUGUCAGUAUAUUUUUGUGUAUUUAUUUUUGCAGCUUCUGCAGAAUGUUGCUUUAACUAUUGGAGUAGUAAAAUAGGGUCACACUUAUUUGGAUAGUCCAGAUAGCAUCUACAGAUAGUUUGUUGAUAAUAUGACCAUCUAUUGAUAAGCAGCUACUAGGUAAGGUUACAGUUAGUGUUAGUUUUAGAAUAAGUGUAAGGGUUAAGGUUAGAGUGAGUAGGUACUUAGUUGAAAUGUACUGAUAUUCUGUAAAGCAUCUACCAAUGUACUAUCCAAAUAAUGUGUAACCUAAAAUAGUGCAAGACAAUGAUGUGGUUGUAUAUAGUAUAGAAGUGAUCUUGAAAUACUUUUGCAUUACCAGAUUGCAGUUUGUCCAUGGACUGUUCUAGAUAAGUAUGUUUCGUAGCUUUCAGUUUAAAUAGGACUGAUAUCCACCUCACAGAGUUUCGAGCUAUUUGUAAUAAUUGUGUCAUGUUAGAUAUUGUCCUUAGGUCCUGCUUUGGUUGUUAAGUGGAAAUUGUUGUUAAAUGGUCUUCUUGUAUAAAGUGUUAUCAGGUGAAGCUUUGAUGGAAAUUUGAGUGAAGAUAUCCAAAUUACAAAAACUACUCCCUUUUCUUCUAUACUAAGACAGACUGUACUGCAUGUGGAUGUUUUUGUUUCAGAAUAGUCCCCAUCCUCUCAUCGUAUUCAUCCCAUCAAAUGUUAUUUUCCUGUUGAUUGCUCGUUAGUGCAUGUGGUAUGGAGAUAGCUCCAAUUAGUUCCUUUUCAAGUCAAAUCCCUAAAUCAGAAACAGAAGGUAAUAACU